AUGGAGGACGCUUCAAGAAAUGCUCAUACCGGAUUAAUAACCUUGUUGGUCAAUAACAUUACUUUGAGAGUGUUAUGCGUGGCCAAGCUCAUCUCCAUUAUGGAAUGUCACUCAAGGAACACCUCCAAAAUUUCACAACAUCUCAAUACUGUCUCCAAAGUAUCCUAUUUCAUUAUUCCAUCAACUGCCUAUGGCUACAAGGAAGUUUUGGGAGAUGACUUUGAUUGGAUCAUGAAACCAAAUUACAUUAUAUCGGAAAUUUGUGAUAAAAAAUGGGGAGCUAUUGAAUGUCUAAUGCCUCUCGUCUUCGACGAGAAACAACAUGUACAGAACGAGGAAGACGAGCAAAUUCUCAACAACAUUCGGCAAGACAAAGAAUUUAACAAUGAGCUACUCGAAAUGUGUAUGGACAGUUUGGAUAUCCUUUCGAAUGAGACAACUAUUCUCGCCAUUAAUAGUUUGAAAUAUCUCAUUCAUAACAUGUUGGUUCAAAAUGAGAAGAAUUUGAACUUUAUUGAGAUUGACAAAUUGAAGAGAUGCAUCAAUACUGCUUGGUCUAUGCUGAAAGGAUCCACAGGCUCUGAGGGAGGGACUCAUGGUCAUAGAUACACUAAUGAGCAUGUGAACAUGGCUGCAUUCUUUGAAAUUAUUUUUGAUUUUAACAUUUGCAAAAAUCCAGAUCUAUAUGAAGCCUUAGAAAUUUCAAAACUAUUCGACAAGAUAUUGACAGAAUAUGCUAAGAGUGUUUCAAAGCUUGGAUUCGUUCUCGGUUUGCAAUUUAUCAAGUCAUUUGCAUCCAAAAAGUGGAGAGAACUGCCCACCACAAGUGCAUCCAGAAAGCACAUGAUUUCUGAUUUCAUUUCAUUGAUCUUUUAUUGUCCAGACACAAAUGAAUAUGAUGAGCUUGAAGAAACGGAACGAGCUUUUAAAUCAUUGUGUUCUUAUUGCCAGGAACAAAAUAGUAAUAGCGCUAAUAUGAAGCAACGAACAUUGGUCUAUCCUCCUAUUAUCAAUACUCCCAAAAUCUUAAAAAGUGCCAUCUUUUACAUGAUAAAUGGAUUGGACACUGAAAAAGACCGAGAAUUUAUCAAAGCAUUGGUGGGUCAUCUGAUUGAAAUGAACAUUUCAAAUUCUUAUUUAAGGAAACAACCAGUCAUGCCAGGAUCACCUAAGCAUUGUAAAAAGAUUAGAAUUUGGCAAAUUCUUUGCAUGCUAGCUCCCAUAAUUGAUUUAGAAAUAUUACAGUCUAUGCAGUUAUUGCAUGAACAGAAUGGUUCGGGAAAAAUUUGGGACUGUCUCUUCUUGGAUAAUCCAUCGUCAGUACGCAAAUUGCAAGAAUUAUUUGCGUUGGUGAUUUUAUUGAAAUUCCCGUUAUGGGGAUUCCAUUCUCUUUAUUGCCGUUUGAAAGAGGAUAUGAAUGCAAGACACCAAUUUUUGAGCUCGGUAGUCUCACUUGUCGGAAAUGUAAUAAUUUAUUCUCCAGAAGAAUUUCUAUGGCAAGAAUCUAGCGUGGAUCCUAAGAAAAGUUGGCUGCAUGUGUUGUUGAAUGGACUCUUUGUUUAUGCCACUUCGAACUACCAUACAGUAAGAGUAGUGACACAUAUCAUGCUGAGAAAUGUACUCUAUCGAAUGGGUGGAAUGAACAACAAGAAAGGACAAGAUAUGAUGAAAAAUAACGACAUAUUAGAACGCGUUUAUUGUUUUUUACAUAACUCACAGAAUGUGAAAAAGUGGCUUGGAAAAUACGAAAGUACAAUUGUUGUGGAACCUGUGAAAACAGCUCAGCAAUUAUUUUUAAAUUAUUUCUAUGAAGGUACCAAUUUGGUGAAUGACAAUCCAACGGAAGAUCAUUUAAAAACCAUUAAGGAAGAUAUAGAUUUACUAAUUUAUUCUCUAUUUUACAUUUCUACCAUGGGUUUUACCAAAGAUUUAUUUGAUAGAAUGUUCACACCUCAAUUUGGAGUGAGCAACAUCAAUGCCAUUUUGAAAAGUCUUAUUGAGGAAGAAUUUAAUCAAUCACCAUUAACGACCACACCAAGGUCGAUCUUACCAGUUGGAUCUAUUGAUGAUUUUACAACUAUUGCUGCCUUGUGUCACAUUGCAGGAGACUUCGCUAAUGAGUGGAGAGAAGAAGUGGUUUCACCAAGUCGUACUGCGAAGACAGAAAAGCAUGCCUCCAUUAUUUACAAAGGUCUUGCCAGCGUUUUCGAUUCUUCAAUUAUUGAUAAAUUCCGUGUGAAGUUUGGAUUAACCGAAACAGAUCAAUCAAUGAUGGCAGACUCACAACCACUCGAACAAGAACAAGAGAAUGAGGAAUCUACUGACGAGCAACAACAGUUCACCAAGAACAAAAAUUCAGAAGACCUCAAUGAUUCCACAGAGUUGAAUUUCCAAAGAAAAAUUACACCUUGGUCAGAAAUGGACAUUCAGAACGAAUUGAAUCCUAGAGCCGUCAUUGAAAAAUCUAGAAAACGACAAUCCGUCAUUAUGAUUGCUUCACUUGUGGAUCGAAUUCCAAAUUUGGCAGGUCUUUCAAGAACAUGCGAGAUUUUCGCAGCUGAAAAGCUCAUUCUUCCAUAUUUGAAUGUUCUCGAAAUGAAUGAGUUUAAAACCAUUUCAGUGAGUGCAGAAAACUGGAUUCCGGUCGAAGCUUGCCCACCUACAGAUUUACCUCAAUAUCUCACUCAAAAGAAACAAGAGGGUUACGCUAUCGUUGGAUUGGAACAAACUUCCACGAGUGUCAUGUUGCCUAAUUUUGAAUUCCCUGAAAAGUGUUGCAUCUUGUUAGGAAAAGAAAGAGAAGGAAUUCCAGCAGAGUUGUUGUCUCUGUUGGAUGUCUGUGUAGAAAUUCCACAGUUUGGUGUUCUGAGAAGUUUGAACGUUCAUGUGAGCGCAUCCAUCAUGUUGUACAAGUACACAGAACAGUUUUUGAAAAAUUAA